AUGAUCAGUGGUGCACUUAGCCAUACCACAAUUCCAAUCAACAACAGCAUAAAUGAAAAUACUCAAGAGAAAUGGAGAUUCCUGCAUGCUAUUGAUGCCAUGUGCCAAUCGGAUGAAGCUAGCAUCACGCGAGUGAUGAGCGAUGAGCAAUUGAAUGGUCUUCUUAUGCAACCCUUUGAGAAACCCAUACUCUGGCGGAGCUUUGCUCAGCAGUAUCCUCUUCAUGGCAUACCUAGUUCGAUUUCAGACUUUCUUGAGGAGCUUCGCCAGUUGGAUAUCGAAUUUCUAGAAGUUCAUAACUAUGCCGAAAGAGAUACGAACUACAAACUAUCUCUGGAUGAGAUUGUCUACCACUUUGAAGCGCCGCCAGAAAAUCGCCCCCCGUUAAACUUCCUGGAUAUUCGCAACCAAAUCCUCUCCCGUGUCCCAAUACAUGUAAACAAAGUUGAUCUUCUUCGCUUAGCACUGCGACGACAGGAGGGAUCUGCUGGGAAGGGCAACCCUUUAAGAGCUCUACUGGACUACGCAGACCAUGAAUUCUUUCUCCUAUCCAGCAGACACUCAAUAUCACCUAUCCAUGUGGAUACUGCGGGACAGUUAACAUAUAUUAUUGGCAUUUCUGGCUGUAAGACCUGGUACCUACCUCGCAAGCUUACUACCAAAACCUACGAGAUCCUUGCAACAUUUGGAAGCUCUACCCCAGAGACAUAUUCUGACGGCUGGGUUAAGGUAGAUAUAAUGCCUGGAGAUCUACUAAUCAUGCCACCUGGAUGUCCACAUGCAGUCUUCACACCUGAGCACUCACUCACCUUCGGGGGGAACUUUUAUACCCUACCGCAUCUUGGGUCCAGUCUCCGGGUACUGGCUUUACAGGCUAAGUUUAACUUUGUUUUCAGUAAUGAAUCUAUAACGAAACAAGAUUAUUUGAACUUUCUUGUUAUGUUAGAGGCAUGCAAGAAUACAAUGGACUCUCAGCAAAUGGCCAGCGUUGCUUCAAGUGGUAUAGGAUGGGGGAUUACAGACCAGCAUCAAACUCGGAAGGCUGUGUCCAAUAUUCGUUGGGGUGGACAGGAUUUCUGGGCGCUACAACAGAAGUUACGACUAUUAAUCUGGGACAUACAAACCAAAGGACAUGCCAAGUUUGACUAG